AUGGAACACGAUGAAGAGAAAGGCUCAAAGAACACUACGACUACGGACCACGUCGAUGACUUGUCCAAGGCCGUCGUCAGUCCUGCAGAUGUUGAUGUGGACGAAGAGUUCUCGCGCCAGGAGCAGCGCAAGAUCAUCCACCGCAUCGAUGCGCGGUUGGUAGUUAUUUGCGGUGUCGGGUACCUCGUUAGCUUGAUGGAUAGGACCAACACUUCUGUAGCUGCCAUUGCUGGUAUGAGCAAAGACCUGGGUCUGAAGAUAGGAUUCAGAUACUCAAUUAUCGUCCUGGUGUUCUUCGUAACAUAUAUCGUUGCGCAGCCCAUAGCGACGAUAGCCAUCAGAAAAAUAGGCCCGAGAUUAUUCAUAUCCGUCAUUGUCUUCACAUGGGGCAUCAUCUUGAUAGGAUUUGGUUUUGUCAAGGAUUGGCAGCAGAUGGCUGGCCUACGAGCGCUGUUGGGCUUCCUUGAAGCUGGGUUCUUUCCGGGAACGGUAUACCUGCUGUCCACCUGGUACUGUCGACAUGAGGUUCAAAAGCGGUACUCGGUCUUUUACAUCAUCGGUGCUGUUGCCGGUUCGCUCUCCGGCAUCCUUGCAUUCGGUCUUAGCCAGAUGGAAGGGCUCCAGGGCAUCCGUGGCUGGAGAUGGAUCUUCAUCAUGGAGGGAGUAAUAUCUAUACUAGUGGCUUUCCUAAGCUACAUCUUCCUCAUUGACUUCCCGGACCGAGCCUCCGGAGCAUGGGGUUUCUUAAAUGAAAAGGAACUCGCCUUUGUGAUUCGCCGUGUCAACCGUGACCGAGGCGAUGUACACGUCGAGCCUUUCACCCUUGGCAGAUUCCUCCGUCCAGCCCUAGACCUGAAGAUCUGGGGAUUCGCCAUGAUCUUCUUCUGCUCUACAACAGUAACCUACGCCAUAGCUUACUUCCUACCCAUCAUCCUCGCAGACGGACUAGGCUUUGGUGUCGGCGAAUCCCAAUGUCUCAUUGCGCCCCCUUACGCCUUCGCAGCUAUAGUAAUGUAUACCUCAGCCUAUAUUGCGGAUAAAUACCGUAUGCGCGCACCCGUCAUCGCAGUCAACUCCCUGAUCACCCUGAUCGGACUGCCGAUGGUAGGAUUCGGCAAGGGCAACGCCCUCCGCUACGCUGGAGUCUUCCUGGCCACUGCCGGAGCGAAUGCAAACAUCCCUUCUGCCAUGGCUUACCAGGCCAACAACAUCCGUGGCCAGUGGACCAGAGCCCUAGCCAGCGCGACCCUGGUUGGGUUUGGAGGUAUUGGUGGCAUAGCCGGCAGUCUUGUGUUUAGGUCCCAGGAUGCGCCGGAGUACAUCCCCGGCAUCUGGGCUGCGAUAACGUCCCAGCUUGUUCUGCUCCUAACUGUGGCCGUGAUGAGCUGGCACUUCUGGAGAUCUAAUAAGAAGGCUGACAGGGGGGAGCUUGUCAUCGAGGGGUCCCAGACUUUCCGUUACACUAUUUAA